AUGGGUGGUGGAUUAGACCAACAACAACAACAACAAUCAGAAUUUAACCCUUACAAUAACCCAAAGUCUGAGUAUUCGGAAACUGCUUCUCCACCAAAUUAUAAUGGCCAAGAUAAUAAUAAUAAUAAUAGACCAAUUUCACCUUAUAAACAACAAGAGCAGUAUUCUGAAUAUGCAGAUGGCAAUAAUCAAAUAAAUAACAACCAAACUGGUGGUGGUAAUCAACAAAGUGGUUUCAAUAAUGGAAAUCAAGGAAAUUACAAUGAUGGUCAAAGAGGUAUGAGUGUUGGUAGUAAUUAUAAUAAUGGUCAAGGAUAUAACCAAGGUGGUAAUCAAGGUUACAACCAGGGAGGUAAUCAAGGAUAUAGUCAAGGUGGUAAUCAAGGUUACAACCAGGGAGGUAAUCAAGGAUAUAGUCAAGGUGGUAAUCAAGGUUACAACCAAGGAAAUAAUCAAGGUUACAACCAAGGAAAUAAUCAAGGAUAUAACCAAGGUGGUAAUCAAGGUUACAACCAAGGUGGUAAUCAAGGAUAUAAUCAAGGAAAUAAUCAGGGAGGUAAUCAAGGAUAUAAUCAAGGACCAACUCCUAUUGCACAACCAGCACCAGUCGUUAUUCACAACACCACUAAUACUUUACCUCGCCAGGACAGACAACCUUCAGUUUCAGUUGUUGAUCAACCUGUUGAGUACCGUCGUAAAAUGACAGAUGGUGAGUUUUUGGGAUGGAUGUGUAUCUUUAUUUGCUUCUUCCCAUUCUCUUUGUUCUUGAUUCCUUGCUUUAUGGAUAGCUACGACCAAAAGGAAGCAGUAAGAGGUCCUGCAACAGUCAUUGUAACACAACCAUCAGCUCAAGCAGAUCCAGAUCUGGAAAAGGGUGGUUAUGUUGUCAGGAAUUAA